UCCAAAACCCAAUCGCAGGCAGAAUCAUACGUCUGUCAAGAUCAGUCAGAGAAGAGAAGAAGAUCAUUCAAUACGAAGAACAAAAAAGUGUAAAGAGAGAAUCAAUCAAUGUAUUGCUUGAGAAAAAGGGCAGGGAAGCAAAUUCAUCAAAUUAGGGUUUUAUAGACGUCACACCUACAUUAUCUUUAAUUUUUCCGACGAUACUUAAUUUGCUCGAGAAACUCUUUUUAAGUCGGGCGGGGGGUUUCGCGAAAUCUCUCCAUUGGAGGAAUCGAUGGAAUCAUCAUCAUCUCCGUCUGGAUCCCAACCUCCUCAGAAAGUGGUCUCCAAACUUCAGAAAGUAGGCUGGCGAGCUACGAUGAUCUUCAAUCUCGGUUUUGCAGCUUAUAUAUUUGCGAUAAAACGAGAAAAAGACAUUGAUGCGGAUGAGAAGAAGAAAGGGAAAAAGAGCAGCGAGGCCAGAAACAAAGGUGGUGUGAAAAAGGGUGUUGUCAACACUGAUGAUGUCGAGAAGAAAGGUGUAGACGACAGCAGAGUUGCAGAGACUAAUAACAAGGCUACGGAAGCAGAAAGUGCAUUACCGGAGAAGCAAGAAACCAAACCGGUCCCUGAACUGGAUCCGCUGUUUGAGUUCACAGAUGCAGUUGAUCAGCCGAUGUUUCAGACUGUGUCAACCGAGCCUGUAAAGGUAGCAAGGAAACCGAUUCCAGAAGAUGAGCAAAAGGAGCUGUUCAAGUGGAUCUUGGAAGAGGAAAGGAAGAUGGAACCAAAAGACAGAACAGAAAAGAAACGAAUCGACGAAGAGAAAGCUAUUCUGAAACAGUUCAUUCGCGCCGAUAGGAUUCCCAAACUUCUCCCUGAUGAUUCCGUUGAUUCUUCCCUACGUGACUGGGACAAAUUCUUCUCCAAGUAGAAACAGAAACUAAGUGUACUUGAUUUUUUUUGUUAGUACACCAAAUUGAACGUUGUCUUUUUAGUUCUACUACUAUGAUUGUUACUCUAAUCAACGAAUAGCAUAAGUCCUCAAAGAACAGUUAUAAAUGUGACUUCUUGGGGUUGAGAAUGGUAA